AAGAAGGAAAACGAGGACCUCCGGGAGCAGCUGGGAGGAGACAAAAGUUGUUUCAGGCGGCAGCGGCGAGGCUGGUGGCAACAACUUUUAUCCCUGCCGAGGGGACAGACAGACAGACAGACAGACGAGGGGUUGAAGCUGUAUUUCUCUCUGCUGGCCUAUGUAUGUGGACCACCCUCUGUCCUGUUCAGCCCAUUUAGAUUUUGACUUAAAUGUAGGCUCUUAGUCCGGUGUAAAGCUGAUGGGUGGGAGCAAAGGUAAAGAAUGAUGUAAUGCGGCGGCAGCCAGAAAGCAUCUUUUGUUUGAAUUGUGAAAUGGCUACUCCAUAGUCAUCUCCGAAUGAAUCAGAUGUGAGGGGCUGCUUUGUGGAAUGAACCCUUUGUAACAGCACAUCAACUGGAAGCAGGAGGAGACAUUCAGUUUAAGAGCUCUUUCUGAAAAUGAGUUUAACUUUUCUUUUGCCAGUCACUACCAGCAUGACCUCAUACACUUCUAGUACAAUGGUGUGGCUAAGCCUUUGAGUACACAGCCAUUACAUCAUCGCAGCAAAUUAGAGAGGGAGGUGGUGAAAGAGGCCUAAUUGUUGUCAUGGCCGAUGAGAUGAUCAGGACUCAACUCAUUGUCGCCGAGAAGUUGGUGGCUUUGCUGGAGAGUGGUACAGAAAAAUUGCUACUGAUUGACAGCCGUCCCUUUGUGGAAUACAAUACGUCCCACAUCUUGGAUGCCGUCAACAUCAACUGCUCCAAGCUUAUGAAGCGGAGGCUGCAGCAGGACAAAGUUUUGAUUACAGAGCUCAUUCAGCAUUCUGCAAAACAUAAGAUUGAAAUUGAUUGCAAGCAGGAAGUGGUAGUGUAUGACCAAAGCUCUAAAGAUGUGACCUCUCUCUCAUCUGAUUGCUUUCUUACUGUGCUCCUGGGCAAACUGGAGAAGAAUUUCAACUCUGUGUAUCUGCUUUCAGGUGGAUUUGCUGAGUUCUCCAGCUCUUUCCCUGGUCUCUGUGAAGGAAAAUCCACGCUUGUUCCUACUUGCAUUUCUCAACCUUGCCUACCUGUCUCCAACGUUGGCCCAACCAGGAUCCUGCCUCAUCUCUAUCUUGGGUGUCAGCGGGAUGUGCUCAACAAGGAGCUGAUGCAGCAGAAUGAUAUUUGCUAUGUACUGAAUGCCAGCAAUACUUGUCCAAAGCCUGAUUUUAUUCCAGAAUCCCAUUUCCUGAGAGUGCCUGUGAAUGACAGCUUUUGUGAGAAAAUUUUGCCUUGGCUGGAUAAAUCAGUCGAUUUUAUAGAAAAAGCAAAAGCAUCAAAUGGCCAUGUGUUAGUGCACUGUUUAGCUGGAAUAUCUCGUUCUGCCACAAUCGCUAUUGCAUACAUCAUGAAGAGAAUGGAUAUGUCCCUAGAUGAAGCUUACAGAUUUGUGAAGGAAAAAAGGCCAACCAUUUCUCCCAACUUCAACUUUCUGGGCCAGCUUUUGGACUUUGAGAAAAAGAUCAAGAACCAGAGCAGUCAACCAGGACACAUUAGUAAACUGAAACUUCUGCAUUUGGAAAAAAGCAGUGAGCACGUGGUAGUCCCAGAAGGGGGGCAGAGCAGCCUCUCCACUAACCAGCUCUGCAUUACUGCUACCUCCGAGAUCGUGGAGCCAAAGCCGAUGGACUGCGGCAGUGCACCACACAGGCACUUGUCCCCUCUGGAAGAUGGCCCGCUGGUACAGGGCAUAAAUGGAUUGCACGUCUCCCUAGAUAAGGUGGAGGACAGCAACCGGCUGAAGCGCUCCUUUUCUUUGGAUAUCAAAUCUGUGUCCUACUCGGCAAGUAGCAGCCGUGUGACUGCAUCGGUUCAGGGCUUUGCCUCGUCUGAAGACACCCUGGAGUACUACAAACAUGCAACUGCUUUAGAAGGCAGCGGCAAGUUGUGUCAGUUCUCCCCUGUCCAGGAGGUCUCAGAGCAGACCCCAGAAACCAGCCCUGACAAAGAGGAAGCAAACCCUCCCAAGAAAACCCAGAACACUUGGCAGCUGGAGAGCCAGAGCAAACGGCAACACCUGGGGAGAACCAGCAGCAGCGCCACCACUCAGCGGUCGCUCCUGUACCCUCUCCACCGGAGCGGGAGCAUGGAAGACAACUACCAAACGAACUUCUUGUUUGGUCUUUCCACCAGCCAGCAGCAUUUAGCAAAGUCUGCUGCUGGGCUGGGCCUCAAAGGCUGGCACUCGGACAUCUUGGCUCCUCAGACAUCGGCUACAUCCCUUACCAACAGCUGGUAUUUUGCAACCGAGUCGUCGCAUUUCUACUCUGCCUCUGCCAUCUAUGGGAACAGCGCUGCUUACUCUGCCUACAGCUGUAGUCAGCUGCCCACGGGCUGUGACCAGGCCUGUGCUGUGCGCAGGAGACCAAAGCAGGGUGAUCGAGGUGACUCCAGGCGGAGCUGGCAUGAGGAAAGCUCUUUUGAAAAGCAGUUUAAGCGCAGAAGCUGCCAGAUGGAAUUUGGGGAGAGCAUCAUGUCAGACAACAGAUCUAGAGAAGAACUGGGGAAAGUAGGAAGUCAGUCAAGCUUUUCAGGCAGCAUGGAAAUCAUUGAAGUGUCUUGAGGGGCAGCAGGCUUGUGUGACUGUAUCGGAGUUGUUUCCCCCUCCAAGGCUGCUCCCCCAGCAUUUUAAAGGUCCCUGUAAAUCUGAAAAGAACAAACUUUGUGCAAAAAGGUCGGGGAGGGAAGAAAUGCAGGGCUUUGGUGUGAAAACAGUGACUAGGUUAAUACAGUGAAGAAAUGACAAAUGAACAUCUACCUGAGGAGACUGACCAUACCGCUGGGUUUUCCUCCUCCCCUUUCCUGGAGAAGGGCUGAACAUUUCAAAGAUCUUUCCCUGACAGAGGAAACAAUUAGAUGCAAUUGAUUGCAUAUCCUUUCAGUGUUUUUUUACAAUGGAAGCUGUCUUGGUAUCAAACCCUUACUCUGGUUCCACUGGAACACGCGCCUAACCAUCAAAGCUAGUUUUGUUCUCCCUUCCUCAUACCCCACAUCUUUACCAGUGCACCUUAGCCCUGACACUGAGCCAACCUCUGGAGGGAGACCUUUUUCCCCAUAUAAAAGGAGACCGGGAGUGAUUCCAAAGGAUGUAGGGUCUCGUUACGGCUGGUCUGAACGGACAGUUCAGACAAAUGUAAAUACUGGUCUAACUAUUGUUCUACUGGAUAGGCUUUAGGUGGUUCACUAGAGAGCUGCUUCAGAGAAAAGAAAAAGAAACAGUACCUCAAAAAUCUAAAAAAAUAAACUAGGGCUUUAUGGCUGCCAGAUGCUGGGAGUCAGUUCUUAAACAAUGUGAACAAGUAACAAGUAGCCACAUUGGAUUCUAUUUUUUUUUUUAAAGCUGUCUACGCACAAGUGUUGCAGUUGGCCCAGCAGCAAUUCUUAAAAAAGAUAAAUGAACUCUACUUACGACUGCCUCCCCGGUCUUUUGAAAUAUAAAAUAAGCAGUAUUUGUAUUUUUUCUAUUAAGCUGCUGUCUGGGAGAGGGGUAGCUGCUUUGGCUUCUAAGCUGUAGCAGAGGGGUUAAUAUUUAUGGUUCUAUGCAAGAGCAGUGGCUGGUACAAUGUCCCAACAUCCAGUUCUUGCCAACUGCCAAUUCAACAGACAGCUCUUAACAGCUCAUUUUUUUUUGUUUGUUUUUAAAGCUAAAAAUGGGCUGUUGUCCUUCACUUCCAUUAAGGAACUGCUCUUCUUUUCUGGUUCCAGUAACCUGUAGAGUAGGGGUAAUUCAGGUGGCUUGAGUUUCUUUUCUAUCCCAACAUCCUCACUUAAACCAUGGUGACUUGGAGGUAGAAAAUUCUAAUUAGUUUUGCUGGCUUCAUCUGAGAAAGAGAAGUCUGGCUGGCUGCCCAAAGAUGGCCCUCCAGCGUCUCAUCUCAUAGUUUGGUAUGGAAGGAAGGAAGGGGGUUUGAGAAGAGGCAGUGUUAGUUGGAAAAGCCUGCUCACCUCCUGCAGUCAUGGCUCCAAAGGAACUUGAUCCUGGCUGUUGUUCUCUGUCCCAGCAUAGGGUCUCGGUUUCCCAGCGUACUGUAGCGUGGUUUGGCUGCAGCCACAUCUAGCCGUGUGGCUGCUGGCUGGUACUGUGUCCUCACCACGCGAGGAACACGCCAGCUCAAGGAGGUGUCACUUCCCUGCUGCCAACGGGGCUGUCUCAUGGCAGAUCAGGCCCAGCCAUCGUUGUGGCGUUUUUGAGAGCAAACCAGUCCCUUCCCCUCCAGCUUGCCAUUCAUGCGGUACUUUGGCUGCUGCUGCUCAAACUCUUCUGUGUGCACGCGUCGCUGCAAGAGGUUUGUGGUUAGCGAUGGGUCUACCAGAGGCACAGUGGAAGGCUUCAUCCUUGCUGCUCCCAUGGGAGCUGCACAGGGGUGAUAUUGCUCUUGCCCAGCACCCCAAGAACACGCGUAUCAAGGGGAACUGUAUUGUUUUGUCCCAUUUCAGUGCAGGCAGCUGAAAAUUGUAAAUCCCAUGUGAUAAGCACCCCCAGCCAACAGCUUUAAAAAAAAAAUUUUCAGCAGCAGACUGAAGCCCUACUUAAAGUCAGCAGCUUGGGUUAUGUUUUGUUUUGUUUUUACUGUAAGUUUAGCUAGUUUGUGACUCAAAUCUCAGGUUUUACUAUAUUGAAAAGUGGAGAAGAUUUUUGUCAUUGUUUUGGGGCUAGGAUGUGACUUUAAUUUCCUACAGCAGACUCUUUUAAAAUAGCACUGAAAGCUACAACAGUCAUUAACUUGAUCCUAAAAAAAGUGCAAAAGGCACAGAGAAAGAGGCAGCACCAGGAAUAACAGAACCCAGAGGCUGUGCUCGUGAUGUGUGUAGGAGAUGCUGGAAGAAGGAGUGGUCUGGGUAAAGGAUAAGUUGACACCACACUGGAAAGCAUGUCAGGUCUUGGCUAGUCAUUAAACAUGCCUGCCACUUGUCUCUGUUUACAUAUCAAGUGAAAGCAAUUACAUUACAACUAUUUUCAGCAUAUAUACACAUGCCCUGUGUGUACAUACACGUACAUAAAUGAUCUAGCCGUGCUCCUUUCAGCCAGAUUUCAGUAAAAGCCCGUGUGUUUGAUUUAAAUCAGUUGAUAGGGGUUAACACAAAUCAAUGCCUAGAUGCAGAACCAAGUUCCCUGUCUUUUGUGCUCCUACACUCCCCUUCUAUACAUACAAAUAUGUAUGUUUGGGUUUCGUUUGGUUAAUCACCUUCUGAGGAACUGAAAUCUGGUCUUCUAGCUCUGUGAUUUCCAGUAACACAAUGGUCACUGAAUGAAUCAAAGCUGUAGGCUCGGUAUUUCUAGGGACAGGUUCCUGUGGGAGGAAGCCUUAACUCCAUGUCCUGCACAGGGUGGUGCCCUGUCUCUUGUCUGAACUGUUGUUCUGUACCUGAACAAUGCUGGAAAUGGGUUUUCAGAAGUUUGGAAAGUGAAAUAGAGGAUGUGAGGGCGGGAAUGUGUUCAAUAUGAAUAUAAUGUUCUUUGGUGUAUGGCAAGCUGUUUAAAUGGUUCAGAGAUGCGAGUUUCUCAUCUUGUGUCAUGAGCAUUACCUGUAUGUUAUGAUGAAAUAAAAUCAGAAAUGGUACCUGUUUAUAUAGAACGGCUGAGGAGGGAGCUUGUGUGCCUCUGGCUAUGGAGUGCGCGUAACCUGCCUGCAGUACAACCUGCUCCCCAGCACCCAGGACUAGCAGGGGACUCGGCCUUGUCAUACCUAUCAUUCUCUGCAGAUGCGUGUCUCUUACUGACACGGGCUGUGCAGCUUUGGACCACUUAUUGCAAGCAGUAGUGAUUUUACAGCGCCAGUAACAGUUUCAGCCUCUUCCCUGUUCCCGCUUACCCCACCUCUUCUGCUCCUUUAAACGGCAGCAGUGGCUCUUCUCUGCAUUAACAAUUUAUGAUGUCUAAUACUACUGUGAGUAAACUAUUCCCAAGGCAGCUGUGCUGGUCUUACUGAAGCAAGUAUUUCAAGUUUGUUACCUAGGAUGAACCCCAUACUUGUUUUUUUCUCCCAGAUUUCUUAUUUGAUGAAUUUAAUUACUUGUUUAACUACUUGUUUAGACUGCUUCUGCCAGGCCUAAAGCAUUCAGAGCGACUUCUGAUUGCUGAGGGAGGGGUCUGGCCCUCAUCGCUCCUUCAGAGCACAGCUUAUCCAAAUGGAGCGUGUAUUAAAUCCUGCAGUCGACUAUGGCUGCUAUGGUUAUAUCCUUGGAUGGCAAAGCAGGUGGGUUUAUGUAAUAGCAUCUUCAAACUCAGGUGCAGCAAACAGAAACAUUUGCUUUUAAAAACCAGAUAAUCCCAAAGCAUAACUCCAGAAAGGGAAAUGCAGAAUCUUUAGCCUCUCUAAGAGACACCAUGCCAUCAGCCAGAGCACAAGUAGCAAACUGCAUGAGCUUCUGUGCUUACUUUCUACAAACAAGACAUACCGGCUCUUACAUAGAAAGCAUUCAGCCCUUGCACGGUAAAGCAAAAACUAUGCACAAUACUAGACCUAGAUGGCAUCAGCUUCUUAUCCUACAAAACAGGUUGACUUGACAAUCCUCUAAGAUUUAUCUCUCUGCUCUGGACUCUGUUGUCCACUUCUGAUCCCAGCAGGUCAGACUACCUGUUUAUUCCCUCAAGUUGUUUUUUUUUGGAACAUGCACUUUAGCUUUCACCACUCCGCAUUUUGCCUGCUUUGCAGGACUUGCUCUGUUCUUGUUCCUCCAUCUCUCUGCUCUUGCCCCAGCCAGUAGAAACCUCUGUGAAUAGACAGUCUAACUCCAUCUCUAGUUAAACACAAGAGGCAACUGAAAAGUCUCACGCGUGUCAGCAACAAUUAAUUUCCAUUUCAUUGACUGGCAUCACUGGGAAGGGGCCCCUGAGGUCACCGGGCUCUUGAUUUAACCAUCCCAGUUACAUUCCUAGAGUGAAGUGAACUGAAAACAGGGCAAAUAUCUCAGCAGCAUGGGCCAGGUAGCCCUACUUUAGAGGGGGCCGGAGGGGCAGGAUGGGGUGUGGGACUAAGAGAGAGAGCAGAAAUGUGGUCGUUACAUGAGCUGCUGUUUUUAUAAACUCUAUGUUCAUUAAUGGGGCUGCUCAUUAUGCUUUGACUCACAGCCCAAGUUUUAAAUGGCUUUCUGUGAGGAAAUGGUGGUUUCAAAAGCCCAGAACAGUUGCCUGGCACUUCUCCUGGGGACAGCACGGAAGUCCUAAUAAGGCUGUUAGUGUCUCUUUUUAAAUCUGAAAUGAGUGAGGUUUAGCCAGACUUACCUACCGAGACAUUUUAAUUCGAUAGCCAUACCCUCACUGACCACUUGGCAAGCCUGUAUUUGUUUGUGAUGUUUCUGAGAAAAAAGUACAGUUAUUCUAGUAUUUGCAGACCUCCUAGAAUUACGAUACAAUACCUCUAUUAUAUCAUACACAGAAAACCACAGUUGGGAAUUCAGGUAGAACAGUGUUUGUAAUACAUCAGCGUAGCCUGGCAACUGGCCUUUCCCUUUGAACUAUGCCUACAGAGAACUUCUUGGCCCCUGGGCCCAAACGGUUGCUCUGAGGCAAACUGAAGUGCUUCUGUAGUGAAGCCUUUGGCUAUUCUACACUUCAAGAAUAUUAACAAGAGCUACUACAAAUAGAAAAGGAAAGGGAGCUAUUUCUAGCCUGCAACACUCAGCCCUCUGGGAAGGGGCUGCUUUCCUAGCACAGAAAAUGCUGUGAACCAGACAUCUGGGGAACUGCUGGAAGGGAUUGCUCACUUUGAGGUGUGGAUUCCAGCUGCUGUUCACAGGGACCAUUGCCCAGCACCACUCCUGUACAAAGCCCAAGUGGGAUAGAUCAUAGGCAGUGAUGAGGCUGGGGCAUCAGAUCACACGAAAAACAGCACUGCCCCCUCGACCCUAUAUGUUUGUCUCUCUCUCUUUGUUCAGCAGCCCCUGUGCCAACCCUUGUGCAGUAGGUGACAGCCCCUUUGCUUUCCCACUGCUGGGACAGCAGCAAAUGCUGCAGGUAUGGUUACUUCUACUCUUCUAAACCACUGAUUUUUCUAUUAGAAUAAUCUGUUUCCUGCAGGAAACUGAUCCAUCACAGGAUCUUCUCAAAGUUGAGCUUCCCUGAGCAAGGAGCAAUCAGGUCUUAGAGCAGCUGCCCCUUGCUUUUCUAAAAACCAAAGUUUAGCUAUCCACUUACAGAAGGCUGCUUGCUUGGAUCGUUAACACUCCACUGAGCCUCCAGUAUUGCUCUGCUUUGCAGUAGUUCAGCAUCAGAAUUAAGAGAACAGAAUCAAAUGCUUCAUUUGAAUGCUAGACUGGACACUGGUAACACCUUGCCCAGCAAGGUAGUGACAAAAUCUACAGCCAUCCACAUUUAUUUCUGUGAUCAUGUUAUGGCCUUAAAGGAGGCCAUCAUAUUUCAGGAUGAUGUGAUUGAGGGGAUGAUGUGACUGAGAGCAGUCCUGUGCAGAAGGACUUGGGGGUGCUGAUUGAUGAGAAGCUCGACACGAGCCGGCAAUGUGUGCUCACAGCCCACAAGGUCAACCGUGUCCUGGGCUGCAUCAAAAGAAGCGUGGCCAGCAGGUCCAGGGAGGUGAUUCUGCCCCUUUAUUCCCAACUUCUAUCUUCAUUUCAGGGGACACGUUUCCUUACAGUCCCCAGGGCAGCUUAAACCAGCUGCCACCAUGGCACAAAAGUGCAUUGACUGCAACUGUCCACAAAGUCACAAAGCUAAGAUACCACCUCAAUCGCUGAAGUGUGCGCACUGUCCAUAGACGUUACAGCAAGAAGUGGUGCGCUGUAAACAGAGAAGAAGCAAAGGCGCUCUGAGAAACACCACACUUGGAGAAGAGCAAUACCAAACGUUUUAAUGCUGGAGCUGUGGGACAUGUAGCACGUAGGCAGCUGAAAGCAGAGCGAGUCUGCGAACAGGAUGAACAGCCUAACCAUCCAUAAACUAAGGAGCGCUCACCCACGAGGCUUGUAACCAAAAUACACUCUGGCAGCUUGGGA